CUAAGAGAGAGCGACUUCGUGCUUCUCUCCUGUCCGCUGACUGAUGAGACCAGACACAUAAUUAAUGCGAACACGUUAAAGUUAAUGAAGAGAAACGCCGUUCUCGUUAAUAUUGGAAGAGGAGGUCUCGUUGAUCAAGAAGCAUUAUACAACGCACUCAAGCACGGUGAAAUAUUUUCCGCGGGUCUGGAUGUUGUCACUCCUGAGCCGCUGCCUAAAGACCACCCUCUUCUUACACUUCCAAAUUGCUUCAUAGUGCCACAUUUGGGCAGUGCAACAAUUGCCACGAGGAAUGCAAUGGCAACAAUAUCAGCUAACAACGUUAUGCACGCGCUACAAGGACAACCAAUGAUAUAUCCAGUGUAUAAGACAUAACCUAAAAAAUAUUCAUCGAAGUUUUUAUUAACUACUCGUAGAUUCUACUGUUUUAUCCAUAUUAUUAGUGAAUUAUUAUAGUAAAUUGUACAGAUUAAAAAUUGUUUCUCUUUUAA